AUGCAAACAGUCAAGCUUAGCACGUCGAAGUUGUCUGUGCGUCAACUUCAUGGGUGGCGCUGCAAGGGCUUCCAUAUCCCAUCCAAACGUGGAAGUCGCGCAGCUGCGUUGCCUAGUCUUCCCGAGCUGCCUGAGAUAGUGGGCCAUCCUGGUCUUGCAACAGGCGCGCUAUGCAAUAGUGCGGUUUUCACGCUGGGCUACACGGUGCUCCGCAAAGGAUUAACGCCGUUGGGUGUGGCGCACGCUUGGUUUUUGGGAACAAGCGUCUUCUCUGCAUUUGGACUUGGUGGCUACUUGCUCGUGUGCUUAUACUUCAUCUUUGGUACGCUGGUCACCAAGAUUAAAUUGGAGCAGAAGCAGAAGGAGGGCAUUGCAGAGGCGCGAUCCGGCCAGCGCGGACCAAGCAGUGUAUGGGGCUCAGGUAUUGCUGGAGUCGCAUGUGCAUUGCUGGCUCUCCUCACAGGGGACUACGACGUCUGGCAGAUAGGCUUCGUUGCAAGCUUCUGCAGCAAGCUCUCAGAUACAGUAUCCAGUGAAAUAGGCAAAGCGUAUGGUCAGACAACUUACCUUAUCACCAGCUUCCAGCUGGUACCUCGUGGCACCGAGGGUGCCGUCAGCCUGGAGGGGACACUUGCAGGCGUACUCGCGGCAGUGCUGUUUGCAGCCACGGCACUGAUCGCAGGGCAGGUGCCUGACAUCGCCUCGGCGGGGGUUGUGGCGGCCGCAGCCACAGUUGCCAACCUGGCGGAGAGCUACCUGGGUGCAUCUGUUCAGGGCAGGAUCUCAUGGCUAAACAAUGACAUAGUGAACAUGCUACAGAUCACCCUGGCUGCCGCGAUUGCCAUAGUCAUGCGCCUUACUCUCCUGCAGGUUGCUUGA